CGUUAGUAAUCAAUUGCAAGCCCACCAGCCAAGACCGCAUAACCAGCGCCAGUUGCAGAAAGGUCCACAUAGCCAAAAAAGUUUUAAAACGUAUAAAUAAAAACAUAACCAAAAUAAAGUAUUUAAACAACAAAAACAAAGCUUCAACGUAUUCGUCUUACCCGUCGUUAUUACCCGUCGCCGUCGCACCAAACGUUCUCCAAUGCACUACACUCUUAACAACAAAAUGUGGCAGCCGAACACACAGCACUUCCUGACGCUGAUCCUCUGCAGCACCCUUUGCGUCAUCAGCGCGAGCCCUCUUCCACAUCCCGCUGGUAAUCAGGAAUUAGAUGUGCUUCAAAUACCUUUGACUAACGGAAAGGAAAUCGAUGUUUUGACACUUGGCGCAAAAGAUCAAGAUCAAUUGAUAGCCGAUCGCAACAAAAGAACUAUUGGACUGCUGCGCGAACUCUUCCCCGACAUAACAAAGGAAAUCGACUCGAUUGUUAAUCGCAUUAUAGCUCAAGUAAUACGCGUAGCCGGGCCAGGUCUGCUCAAUAGCGUUCUAGCGGGAAAUCGCGGCAGUGGUGGUGCGAGGGGCAGCACGACACCCUCCAGCAGCUUUGAUGCCGACUUUGAUGACGACGGCUUUGCCGAUGAUGAUGAUGAUGAUGUACCGUCUGCUUCUGCAGCACCAACUCCAGCGUCUGAUGGGGCUUUAAACAGCGAUGAAAACGGCUCGCGGGUCAAAAUUGAUUUGCCUACACUUGCCCCAGAUGCAGAAACAUCAGUGAACAAACAAAUCGAUGAGCAAGCGAACCGCAUCAUCUCCAAGCUGCUGCGCACUUUAGGCCCAACUGUUCUACGCACCGCCAUCCAGGGCAAUAGCGCGAAUGCGGCACGCGAAACCUUCGAUGCAGACUUUGAUGAUGAUGACGAGGAGAACAAGAGCGACACCACCGCUGGUAGCAGCGGAAGUGGCACACGAGUCACCAUUGAACUGCCCACCUUUGAGCCCGACAAUGAAAACGAGGUUGAUACGAAUGAGAAGAGCAGCAGCAUCACGACCACUGCAUCCAACCGUGACGCCACCACAGAGGGGGCCACUCGUCGAAAGUAAAAUGUGCGUGUAAUUUGCUACAACAACUAAGCGAUGCAUCAAAAUUACCAUAUAAAUUGGCACAACUUUUAAUCUAUAUUAAAUUUUGUUCCGUGUUUUCAAAACAGCUUCGAAAAUUGGCAAUACUACAACAACAACCAAACACAAAAAUAUUAAUCCGGCAAAAUAGAAAAUAUACCAUGAACAAAUUUAUAUAAGAUGUUAAUAAUACUGACAUUUUUAUGCAAUGCUGUAUUGCUCUAAAGGCGUAUUUACUGCAUUCAAAAUAUUCUCUGUCGCUAUCUCUCGAACUAUCCCUUAACAUGUUUUUAAAGUGUGUAUGUUUCUAUUUGCAUUUUCUAUAACUAUCUCUUCCUCACUUUCUCUCACUCUCUGUCUCUGUAUACGUAUCUAUCUUCAUUUCUCUCCAUAUAUCUCUACAUGUCUCUCCUUAAAGAAUUUGUUUAUGUAUUUUUACGUUCCUUUCCUUAAAAUAAUAGGUGAUUUUAUAUUAACAUUUAACUUGAAUUAAUUGUAAAAGUCGUUAUGUGUAUUUUCUAUAUUUUAAAAAUACAAAAAUACUUUUAAUUGUUUGACUUUGCUGAGCUCAUUUUUCGUCCUCGUUCAAGGCCAAUGAGUGCACUAUCAACAUUCAUAAUUCAUGGGUACGUUCACGAAUUUCACGACCGUAUUCACAACAUUCGCAUGAGCAUACAUUGUGUUUAUGAGUGCAAUCAUGACAGUAUAUAGCUUUUGAUUAUUCAACUGUUCCACAGGGUAUUCACAUUGCAUUUCAUUCGGUCGCAUAGUCGGUAUCAUUUAAACACGCAUUCUCAACUCGAUAACUGUUUAGAAUUCUUUCGCAGGCAGUUAUUUUUCGUGCUCCCUAUUCCUACUGCAUGCGUUUAAUAAUUCUUUUGAGGUCAGAGAAAUUACCUUUGUAAGAUAAAAAGCUUUUUUACAACUAAGAUUAAUAUUCUUAAUUUUACAAAAUAGAUUUUGGAAAAUUUUACUCUUGUUUUUACAAAAUAGAAAUUUUAUCUCUUAUAGAUUGACUAAAAAUUCCAAUGUAAAAUUGUUAUAAGCCAUAGAAAAUUUUCUACUUCUUGUAGACAGUAAAAUGUAUUCUUUUUUUACCAUAAUGUAGAAAUGUGUUUUUCGAUACGAGGAUGAUGCAUUUUUUAUUACUUCAGACCAUAGAACAUAUAAUAAAUUUAUAAGGAGUUAACGUAGGGCUUAAAAUCAAGUUACGUUUUUAGUUUAUAACUAACUAUAUUCUAUAACAUCUGAUAAAUUGCCUGUUAUCUGUAAAAUCUUUUAUUCAGUUUUAAAAAGCUUCUUUUAGUUUCGCAUAGAGAUGUUCUGUGUUAUUGGAAAACCAACAUUUUCAGCGCAAUAUUUGAACGCUCUCUCUAACAUUUUCACCCUGUCGCUGCUCUGAUAUCCAUGGUCUAAGCUUAGAUUUUAUUGGUAUUCUGCAACAACACUCGCGCUCUUCCGUUUGUGCUUUCAGUGGCGUUAAAAUUCCUGUAUUGAUUGCUCAUUUAUCUAUCUGCCUUUGUUUUCUUUUUUGUUUAUUUUGAAUCUUUUUUUCUUUAUUUUCAUGUUCCAUUAAACCGAUUCGAUUUGUGCAAAUAACCAAAAACAAUAAUAUAAACCUAAAACAACAAAACUGAAAAAUGAUAUAAAAUCUGUAUAUCAAAAUCGAAAAACUCUUUCGCAAUGAUAUCAUCAACUGCAAUUUAAAAUAUAAUAAUCAAUAUAAUAACGUAAUAAAUCGAAAAUAUUGUAAAAUGUAUACAAAAAUACACCAAUUGCAUUUGUGCACGUGCAUUUUUUCAUCACCAAUUAAUCAAUCAAAUAUUUGAAUGACAACAUCGUAUACGAAACUG